UUUCUGCGCCCACCUGACUUUGCCGGGGAAGGUGGGGGAAUUAUGUGGGGUCGACAGUGUUUAGGACCCGGCAUCACGUGUGGAGCGGUUGCAGCAUGGAGACUGCAGGCACUGCGCAAGCAUUGAAUUAAAUUCGCUUUAUUUUCUCCACAAUCCCACUGAAAUAAACGGGCAGAGCGUAAGAACUACUGCAGGGACGUACCGAUUAUAACGGCGCUCAACGUAUUUCCUCUGCAUGAUAAAAUGAGAUGUUUUCCUGCGUAACAGAAACGUGUAGUUAGUGACAACGCAUCUAUUUCUAUCAAUAGUUGAACAUUUAAAGUUUCCUGCACAUUUUCUUUAUUUGAUCUUUCGCUAUUGCUCGACAGAGCUACAAGGUGUGGGAUGCGAUUGGGGACAAGUGGUGUUGGCACAGUCGAAUUGUGACAUUGCGCGGUGGCUGCGCUGACUGGUCAGUAAAAAUCUGCACAUUGCGGCUUGAUCCAGACUCUGGUGGCUACCAGAUUUAAACGCAGCCUCGCUUUACGUUAUCCCGCAACUGCAGACUAGACUAGAUCAAUAUACAACGUGCAUGUUAUGGUUUGUGAUGCGCAGGAAAGCUAACCACUCCACUAGUCAGUAAUAGUAUAUAACUAUCGGACAACACAUUUCAUUGAUCUGCUGACCCCAUUCACGAAGCAGUCAUGCCGUUAUCACGCCUUCCUUGCAACAUCAUAAUAGGUUUUACGCUGUUGUUUCUGGUGGCCUGUGACACCACUGGUCCGGACCCAGCGCUUCUCUCUGCCUCCCUGGACCCCCCACUGUCCCCCCAGUCUGGGGUGCUGGAUGAGGGGGGUAAGAUGGCCUCGCUGACUGAGGGGGGGAAGAUGGCCUCACUGGAUGAGGGGGGGAAGAUGGCCUCGCUGGAUGAGGGGGGUAAGAUGGCCUCGCUGACUGAGGGGGGUAAGAUGGCCUCGCUGGAUGAGGGGGGUAAGAUGGCCGCACUGGACCCUGACGGGCCCGCUACCCUGAGCUUCCUGGGUGGCUCCCAGGAGUCCGGCUUCUCCAGCGAGGAAGCAGAGGACCCCAAAGCCCUCCAGUCCCAGUACUUCUGGGAUGAGGUUGGGGAGGUCAACGGCACCAAUUUGGACCCGGACUCCACUGACGGUGACAGCCCUGCUGGGUUUCAGCCCUCCUCCCUGCCCCCGUCCCUCCCAGGGGAGGUGCCCAGUGACCUGAACUCCUCCACCUCCCUGGUGCCGCUGGGGGAGUCUCUGGACCCCGACCUGUGGGAGAUCCAGGGGGAGACGAGCGGGACCCCGGCAGAGCCCGCUUACGACCCCCCCGCUACGGGCACGGCCCCCCCCACCCCGGACUCGGACGCGGGACCGGUGCUCCUGUGGGACGGCCGUGGCCCCCGCGGGACGGCCCCUCCCCAUGAGGAGGGCGCGGCAGAGGCGGAGGAGGGAGGUCUCACACAUGUGGACUUCCCCGCCCACCUGACCACUGAGGCGGGCGUGGCUGCGUACUUCCCUACGGAUGAGGCGGAGGGUGAGCAGGGGGGCGAGGCGGAGGGGGCGGACGUGCCCUCGGUCCUAAAAGCCGUGGCGGGUGUGGCUGAGCACUUCCCUACAGACGAGGCGGAGGGUGAGCAGCGGGGCGAGGCGGAGGGGGCGGACGUGCCUUCGGUCCUAAACGCCGUGGCGGGCAUGGCUGAGCCCUCCCCUACAGAUGAGGCAGAGGGGGCGGACGUGCCCUCUGUCCUAAACGCCGUGGCGGGCGUGGCUGAGUCCUCCCCUACAGAUGAGGCGGAGGGGGCGGACGUGCCCUCUGUCCUAAACGCUGUGGCGGGCGUGGCUGAGCCCUCCCCUACAGAUGAGGCGGAGGGUGAGCUACGGGGCGAGACGGAGGGAGAACCGGGCGGCUGGGGUCAUCACACCCCUCUCACCACCGUCCCCUCUUCCUCCCCAUCCUCUUCCUCAUCCUCCCACACCGGGGCCUUCACAGACAUCCCCUGGCACAAAGCUGCUCCCACUCUCCCCCAGGGCCGGGAGCCAAAGCCCAGGCAGGGGAGUGCCGAAUUCAGCUCUGAGACCGAUUUCCUGGACAAACACCCCCCUCACGAUUCACUGCAGGUCAUUUGUGUUGACUGGAGUGACCUCACGGGAAAGGGCUACGUCAUCCUCAACAUGUCUGAGAACUUUGAUUGUGACGAGUUUCGGGUGGAGAACGGAGACCAGCUGCUGGAGAUGCUGGAGACGGCCUUCUCCAGGAAGAUGAACAGCCCGCAAGGCUCCUGGCUGAUCUCCCUCAGCAAGCCCGUUCGCCAGGAUCGACAGCUCCUCAUGACUCUGGCCAGUGAGCAGGGGGUGAUUGCCACUAAAGAUGUGUUGUCAAUGCUUGGAGAAAUCAGGAGAGGAUUACAUGACAUCGGCAUCCAGAACUACACCAGCAUGACCAGCUGCCAGUCUCGGCCCAGCCAGAUGCGCAGUGACUACGGCAAACUGUUUGUGGUCCUGGUCAUCAUCGGGUCGGUCUGCGUGGUCAUCAUCGCCUCCGGGCUCGCCUACAUCUGCUGGCAGCGCCGCCUUCCCAAGCUGAAGAAUACGUCUCGUGGUGAGGAGCUCCAUUUCGUGGAAAACGGCUGCCAUGACAACCCCACCUUGGAUGUCGCCAGCGACAACCAAUCGGAGAUGCUGGAGAAGAAGCACAGCGCGAACGGAGUGGUGGCCGGGGGUGGCGGGGGCAGCGGCUGGCAGGUCCUGGUCAACAAGCCGGGCAAAGAGGAGGCUGAGAAUCUGGAGGAAGACACUCAUCUUUAAUAUGCAGAAAGGGGGGAGGAGGGGGGGGGGGGGGGGGGGGUAAGGUCACAAAAAAAGAAACAAGUCAGCGACUCUCGCAGCACGCAGCUCCUACAGGCUCUACAAACAUCCGCUAGCCAAAUCCCAGCUUAGAGACUUCUCGCGGAGCAAAUCAACACAGUAUUUGAGAAUCAUUAAUUAAACAAAAGACUGUCAACUUACUUUGCUUUCUUUGGCAACGGUGCAUGGUUCUAAAGGGAAUAUGUGAAAGUGAUAGCAGGAUAAAUGUUUGUUUCGGAAUAAUAUGAAUGGUAAAGUGAAGGAAACCAGCGAACCGUACUUAAGGCACAAAUGUAGAAUUUAAUUGCGUGCGCUUGGAGUCCUGGUUUGUGCGUCAUUAUGGUCGUUUUGAAAGCUUUGAAAAGAGUCGAGCUGCAGCUCAGCUACUUGAAAUGAAUCACUUCAAAUGUGCCGCCCAUUGUCGGCAGCCAGCUCACAAUCAGAAUGGACCCUUGCAAAAUGGCCCCUGCCAGCACUUAUGUACGACUCAGCAGUUAUGCCUAUUUAACAGAACUGGACUAUUUGUAUGCACUUGCAGGCUUGUUUUUGGCUGUGCUUGUAACUUAUUUUUGAAAAUGAAUGUUAUCUGACCGAAGGCUAACGCCUUCAUCAUGCUAGCACUGAAAAUAAAACUGAACAUUUGUAAUGUUAAAGUUGUCUUUUGUUGAACAGUCUGCAACAGAGACAGAGAAUGUAAGUCCUGUUAGAGUUCUGACAGACAGAACGAUGAGCUUGUGUUCGUGUUUACAAGCUUUGCGUUCUGCACUGCCAUCGGUGAUGUAUGUAGGCUGCAGUCUUCUCUGUUCCAAUUGGAUUCUGUAUAUUUAUGAAGUUUGUCUGAAAGACACAAUAUUCAAAGUUAUAAUGAUAUCUGAAAUGGCAUUAAUGGGAUUUAUCUUUUCACUCGUGUGGCUUUUUAGAGGAACUUUUUGAGAGGCAGUGUUUUUUGCUGUGUGUUCUUCGGGCACCUGCUUGUGCUGCUGGUGUUUGUGACAGGUUAUUGUGUGCAUAUGAGCACUUUACCUGUGCAUGGACAGACCAUACGAGCGUUUGUACAUGCCGUGUCAUUUCCAUUCUAAUGCUUGGGGGAAAUGCGUAAAUGUAGCAGUACCAUGUAAUUAUCUGUUCUCUCUGUAUUUAUUUAUGUUUAUUUAAGGGCUGUAGGCUGUGACGUUUGUGAUGACCAUACUUUGACAGACCAGUCAACCAUUGUACAGUUAAAAAACAAUUUAUUUCUUUAACAGCUGAUUUUAUGUAUGCGUGUGUUUGUGUAUAUAAAUUAAAUUCAUCGAAGCUUUCUGCUUAA